UAUGAAACUUAUCGAACGACUUUAACGGCUUAUCCAGAAACCCUUCUCGGUACAAUGUUCCAUCCACGCAACAAAGAAAUGCUUCACCCUACAAAUGGAAAUGAAUAUUUCAUUGAUCGCAACGGUUACGCAUUUCAUUAUGUUAUGGAAUAUUAUCGUACUGGUUCAAUUAUAUGGAGCCCUGCACUAGAAAAUUCAAGUGAUUUUUCGUCUUCUCCUCUUUCUUCUAUAAUUCCUUGUUCUCCUUCCUUAUCAUCAUCACAUACUGAAGUUAAUAAUGCUACUGUUCCAACUGGUGCCGCCGCCGCCGUAAUAGCUUCCACUUCUUCUUUUGUUAAUAGAUCACAA